CCGGCGGUUUCUUUGGCUUCAGCACGAAGUUGCUUUUUUCGGAUGUUUUGAGACGUCGAGUAAGAUCUCCGACCCAAAAGGCCCAAAGAUGGCCUCCAUGCGGAGGGGCGUCGCCGAGACGAAGGAUGAAGAAGAGGCCUUGCUGGAGCAGGAGGAGCUGGUGAGUGGGGCUGGUGGUUGCACCAAGCGGUGUGGGGCUUGCUGCUGCUGCACCGUGUUGCUCCUGACGAUUGCAGUAAUUUUUUACCUGAAGUGGCAGCGGAUUUGCAUUGGUCCCGCCUUUCCGCACGACGAUGUGGACGCCCACCGCCCGGCGGCCUUCGUCGCCGCCGAGGCCCUGCGGCGGGCGGCGGCGGAACGGGCGGGCGCGGAGCUGCUGACGGAGGAGGAUUUGCCCAAUGCGUUUGGACUGCUGACGAACGCGGCCACAGGUGCUGUAUACUAUGAGGACAUGAACUUCGUUCAAGGUUUUGAAAAGCCGGGCUGCCUGAGCUUGGUGGUUGAGAUGUUCCACCGGUUGCUGAAGUUGCUGGGCUGGAGGGUGCCGCCCUCGAGAAGGUGGAAGCCACCGGUGGAAGGAGAGACCAUGGACAUCGUCAGCUUUCAAGACUAUGCCAGGACUCACUUUGGCCGGGCCUUGCCAGGGGAGUUCCUGGAGGACUACUACACUGGUGGGCGCGUGCCAAGUUGGGAGGACAAUGAGGGCCACCGUUGGGGCAUCAUGAAGCUCACGGCUGUGGUCAAGGCGGCGCGUGCCACGGGUGUGGAUCCCAUCACCGUGGUCCAUCCGUUGGAGCCCCGCGUGGCCUUCGACCACCGGGCCUUGGUGAACAUGGCCUCCGAUGGCUUCAGGUACUUUGGACCCAUGGAGGUGAAGUAUGCCUCCAACGGUUUCUUCGGCGCGUCGGUGGUGGAGCAGCGCCUUCUGGGCGUGGAGCGUGGCGAUCUGCUGGGCAUGCUGAUGACAGAGUCGGUCUUCGGCGCACAUCUGGUCUACGAGGCUGAGACAGAGCUCUUCCAUGUGGACCUCACCGACCUGGAGAAGUACCCGCCGUUGCCCGGCUACGCCGCCCUGGGCGGGCGCGCCAGCUUCCGGCAAGACGCCGGGAGGCUGCGCACGGUGAGCCUGGACUACCAAGGACGGCGCUACACGAACUUUAGCGAUCCACAGGUGGACGAGGCCUAUGAGAAGAACAACACUCGGACCGGCUGGCGCAUGGCCGAAGGGGCCUUCAUUGCCUCGCUCCUCUCGAUGACCAACUUGGUGAUGCACGUGAAGGACCUGCACGUGGAGAUCUGUACGGCCUUCCAAGCGGUCACGGUGGAUGCCUUCGCCGGGCAGACGUCCCACCCGGUGAGGCGCUUGUUGGACGCCUUCAUUAGCCGCAGCGUGCAGGCGACCAACGACAACCUGCGGCUGCUCUACGACUUCCAUGCGGCCGACUUCUCGCUGGCGCCGCUGCCGCACGACCAGCAGCUGAAGCUCAUCGAUGAGUUCAUCAAGUCGAAGCCCUUGAACUUGGCUGCGUUGGACAUGGAACACUAUGGGCAGCUGCGGUAUAUGGACCCCAGCUGGUCCACAGAGGAGGCGGUGCAGAACGCCAGCAGCUGGGGCUGGCGCUGGCAUUAUCGAGCUUUGACCGUGCAAAGGCUGCUGGCCAGCUAUGUGACGUGUUUUCUGGAGGCGGAGGGUGUGGACGACGAGGCCAUCAUGAGUGACAACUACCUCAAAGAUUGGUGGCAGUCCAUGAUCUUCCACCUGCCAGCCUUGAGAAGGGCCACUGAAGAGGACUCGGCCUGGGCCUCGGCGGAGCUGAACAAGCUGGAUGUGGAGCAGCUGGUGCGGGUCUUGAGCACCUUGAUGGUCUGGGUCUCCUGGAUCCAUGAAGAUGUGGGCCACUCCGCCGCCGCGUAUGUCUGGAACCCGGUCUACACCCCCAUGUGUGUGCCGGAGGAUGGCGUCGGAGUACCUCUGAGAUCCUGGCUCUUCAACGCCGUGGCCUACCGGAGCUUCGUCUUUCUGCAUCGCUCCACGCUCUUGGACGAAGCGCCGGAGUUCUGGUUUGGCAAUGCCGAGUCCAAGAAGUGCUUCCAGACCUUCCAGGAGACCUUGAAAUCCCUCGGUGACAGCGAUGUGGCCUUUCGCGAAUGCGACCAAGAAGGCUUCUACUCCUGCGUGGACCGUGUGGAGACGGCAGUGUCCUCUUAGACGGGCAGCGAAAAGUAGCCCGUAGAUAGCCGUGGGUAUUUGUACCCAGGUAGAUGUUUGAAGAGGAUUGGACCGCCAAACUCACGAGUUCUGGGUCCAAUCCUCGGAUCAUCAGGACGCUGCGGGCGUUUCACCGGGCGUGUUUUCCGAAAAGGGGAGGCACCAAUUUUUCAGAGG